GGCACGGUAAUCUUUUAAGGAGAAAGUCCGAUAACCUUUUCUCUUCUACCUCUCUGUUCAUGAAUGCAAGUUAAAUUUUUCUAAUGCUUCCUCCUUGUUUAUAUUUUAUGAUUUGAAUGAUGUGCACAUAAGAACGAAUAUAAUCAAUUAACACGCAGGGAAAACCAAACCGCAGCCUUGUUGAUAGAUAGGAUGGCUACCGAGGAGGUUCCUCUAAAUGGCGAGUCACACACAGAGAAAAGAGAUGAAGAGUCCCCAAGUGUCGCAACCGGUAAUAGCGAGAAUGGAGAGAAGCCAAUCGCAAAUGAAUUCUCCAAAAGAGGAACUAGACAGACGGAGGUCAAGAAUGAGGAAAAGAGGCCCUCCAAGUUGAAGGCGAUGUGGGAAAAACUUGGACUCGAUGCGCCGACGUUGAUGAUGAUGUUCAAGUAUGGUUCACCUCCAGUUUUAAUUGAUAUGAUGCUUAUGUACAGCUUAGGGGAUCCGUCGCUCCUACAAUUGCUAUUGGCAAGUCAAUUGAAGCCCAUAUUGCGCUACUUAUCCUAACUUGUAUCCAGCCUUCUACGAAUCAGAUUCAGUUUCGCGAACAUACACAACUUUAGGAUACUUGGUAGCCAUCAUUUGCGUGCUUAGUCUGCCUAUUAUGCCAAGGGCGAAAUUCUUUCAAACCAUGAUACUCAACCUGUUUGCCGUCUGCCUUGGAGCUUCAAUCGGAAUUUUGGGACUGUGGAGCUGUAUCAAGGCGCGAGAGCAUACUUCCACACCAGGAGUGCCACAAGCGUACAACUCAUCGCAGGCUGCUGUAUGCGCCAUCUGGCUAUUUGCCAAUAUCUGGUUUGCGAAUCUGUUGCGCGCGAAAAUUCCAGCCCUGAAUGUUCCAGUCAUUAUGUAUAGCAUCUUUGCGAACAUUGCUUUCACAUCUGGGCCGAUUAUCCCCACCUUUGCAUUGGCUGAAUCUCUCAUCAAACAGAUGUUGAAGGCGUUCUUGACUGCCUUUGCUAUAAGCACAGCCGUCAACCUGUUUGUUAUACCUAUCUCGUGUCGUUUGGUUGUGUUCAAAGGACAAGCGGGAUACAUUCAGUUAUUGAGGGGCGUGCUCAAGGCUCAGACAAAAUAUUUAUCAAGCUUGGAGGAAAGUGAUAUGUUUGCUGGUCCCGCUACUGAGAAUAGUGACACCGCUGGUAGCCGGUCAGGCGAAUCCAAGAAAAGUGAUGUGGAAUCUAGCCACCCAGCACUGUCUCCAGAGGCAAAAGCGUUAAAGGGAGCAAUCGACGGCUUGCGCGGGAUGCAUGGAAAGCUUUAUGGAGAUAUGCCGUUUGCGAAACGUGAGGUUGCUUGGGGAAAAUUGGAUGCUAAGGAUAUGGACAAAAUUUUCAAUUUGUUUCAAGAUAUCAUGAUUCCGCUUUUGGGAAUGAGUACUAUCACGGAUAUUUUUGUACGAAUCGGCGAAAAACGCGGCUGGGUCAAGCCUACAGGUUCAAAUGCUCGUUCUGAGCAAUGGGAACACAUGACGUUAGAAAGCAAGGCAGAAGAAAAAAGGUUAUGGAAUGAAGUGAUGAAAACUCUCCACGAGCCAUUCGCUAUCGUGAGUGCAGUUAUGGACCAAGGGUUGGAGCAUGCGGCACUUACUUUGGAGCUUAUUUCUCGACCGAAGGAGAAAGCUGCUGGCGAUAUCGAGACUGCUGCUGAACAGUCAAAGCCUGGAGAUGCCGGAUUUCUCGCUUACAUGGAAAAGACUCUGAAUGAAUUUUACAAGGAACGUGGUGCGACUUUGAAGAAAUGGGCACAGGAAAAAGGUUUGUCUGCGGAACAAUUCGACGCAAGUGGGCCCAUUCCUGCCGUGGGGGAGCCUGUUACUGGAGACAAAGCUUCGCACAGAAGAGAUCAACAGCAGCUAUAUCUUAUUCUUUUCAUGGAAAAUCUUGUAGGUCACACUAAUUCAGUGUUGAGUGACGAUGCUAACUAGUUUAGCUCUAUACGGCCGGCCUUGCAGUAAUGAAAUUGGUUCGGUUUGCGGAUGGUAAAGUAGAAGACGGAUCUAUGAAAAAGAACCGUCUGAUUUUGCCAGGUCAACGCCGAGUAAAGAAAUGGAUUCUUGGCCUCGCAAAAGCAGACACGACUGUGGAUAGUAACACUCCAGAUAAUCAGGAGGCAGGUAUAAACAAUGUUUACUUGGGCUCAGGAUUCAAUCCUCGAAAAGACCCCGAGCAUUUACCACCGAAUACUGCUUGGCAGCACUUUGGGAACGGGCUUAGAACUAUCCCAAGGUUUUUAGGCAGCGAAGAAUCAGCAUUUGGUUUCAGAGUCGCCUGCGCAACCUUGACUUUGGGUAUCGUUGCAUUUCUCAAGGAUACUCAUGUCUUCUUCCAGCAGCAAAGAUUAGUUUGGGCUUUGAUUAUGAUUGCCAUCGGUAUGUCUGGAGGCUUGUCUUGAUCUGAUCUCGUAAAGAAGCUAACAGGCAAUAGGUAUGACGAUGACUUCAGGCCAAUCGAUAUUUGGAUUUCUGGCCCGUGUCAUAGGGACCGCACUAGCAAUGGUCACCUCGAUCGUCAUAUGGUAUAUUGUUGAUCAAAAGACACCAGGGGUCAUAGUAAUGCUAUGGUUUUUCAUUUUCAUGGAGAUGUACCUUUUCCUGAAAUUCCCUCGCUUUAUACCAGCUUGGCUUGUGUUUAUAGUCACCCAAGUCAUGAUCGUUGGCUAUGAGCUUCAGGUCAGGAAGAUUGGAAUUGCAGCAUCGACUAGCUCAGGAGAACCCUAUUAUCCGUUAGUAUUUUCUUCGGGAUGAUUCGAGACUCUCUAACGAUAAUAGAAUUUAUGAGCUUGGUCCAUAUAGACUCGCAUGCGUCGCGGGAGGGUCUUUUGUGGCAUUCAUCUGGACCUUCUUUCCCUACCCGCUCACGGACCGCAGCUGGUUAAGAAAAGAUUUGGGAGCGACCCUUUACAUCUUGGCGAACUACUACUCAAUGGUUCAUUCGACUAUUCGUUCUCGAAUGCACGGAACUGAAGGUGAUAUGUCAUUGAAGUCUAGUCCUGGUCGUCGCCUUGAAAAGGCUCGACAAAGGAUGUUUGGCAAGCUUCUCUUGCUUCUGCCAUCUUUGCAACAACAUGCUGAUUGGCAGAGAUUUGAACCUACCAUUGGAGGAAAGUUUCCUCGUGAGACUUACAAUAACAUCACACAGAAGUGCUCCAAGUAAGUGCGACUAUGCUUUGGAGGUGUGCAUUUGCUAAUGACUGAGUUCAGUAUUAUGGGCUACCUCGCAUUGAUGUCCUAUACCACAAAAGCUUGGUCUAGAGAUGCCGAUACAAAAACCGAUACCCGAAGCAAGUGGCUUCGUGAUCUAGCUGUCAUCAUGGAACAGAUUGAGCCCACCAGCCAUCAAAUAACCUCAACCCUCGCACUCCUGUCUGCCGCGAUCAGUUCAGGGGUUGCCCUUCCUCCUUUCAUCCAACUUCCCCAACCUUAUAGCCUCACUAGUCGACUUGAAGCUCUCGAUAGUGGGAUUCUAGACUCAAGACAUGUGGAAGAACCGGGAUAUAGCGCUUAUGCUGUUAUGCAAGUAGCAAGUUCGUUGGUGACGGAUGAUUUAGCGGGAUUGGUAGAUUGUGUUAAGGAAUUAGUAGGGGAGACGGAUUUCUCGUUUACAGUGGGGGGCAGUGAGGAUAGUUUGACGGGGUCCGAGGGAAUUGGAAGAAAGGGAAAGAAAGACUAGAGAUAAUACUUACCGAAAGAACUGGAUAAUAAUGGGUUAUAAAUGGCGCCUGGUAAGGAUUAGUAUGGCAUGCAACAUGGACGAUUAGACGUGAUAAAAUGGAUUUCCAAGUCAUCAAGUCAUCAAGGAUGAAAUUGGGCACACCUACUUACUCUAUUGGUCGUAGACACAAAUAGAUUUUAGAAAACAGAAAUUGUAAUACUAGAAAUG